AGCCUUCAGACCCAACGUGAGAGACUGCUGGAGAAGGUCCUUAGUCCGCGGGCAAGGAAGACCAAAAAACAAAGCCAGAAGGAAAAGAAAGGAAAAAAGAAAAGGGGGAAAGGCGAGCGCCCCCUGCCCCACCGCAGAGCAGCAGACCAAAAGCAGCCCCCUUGGCCAGAGAUGGGUACCCGCCUUAGCACUCUGUUUGGUGACUGCAACCGGGUUCCAUAUGUCCCACUUGUCUUCCAUCCAGACACCAAAGGGUCCCAGAUCAUUCUAGAUGCAUCACAGUAUAUUGCCACCAGAGCAGCCACCUUCUGUGAUGGUAUUGUCUUCUCCAACAGGCCAAUUAAAGUUAAUGAGAAGGUGACACUAGAAAUCCUAAAGGAAGAUAGCAAAUGGUUUGGUGGCUUACGGCUGGGCUUCACAUCAGAGCAUCCCUCCUUGAUGGACUCCAGAGAUUUGCCUCCAUUUGCUUGCCCCAAUCUGGUCAGACAAGGGAAGUGUUGGGCUGCUGUCUUACCAGAUGAAUAUGGAAGUGAAGGCACAAUUGUCAGCUUCUGGGUGGAUGGCAAAGGCCGUGUUUUCUUCAGCAUUGAACAAGAGUCUGGCUAUUACUUACUGCUCGAAGGUGUCCCGGUCAAAAAGCCUCUCUGGGCAGUUAUAGACAUCUAUGGAAGAACUAAAGCUAUCCAGCUUCUAGAUCCCUCAAGACCAAAGACACAUAGUUAUGAGCCAUGCCAAUUGCUGUUGAAUGCAAGUGAACAGAAUGAGUCUGCAUGCAGAAAUUUAUAUAAAGAAAAUAGCAUCGGAAAAGAAUGCGUUGUCUGCCUCUACCGCAAGGCCAACACAAUAAUGCUCCCUUGUUGCCACACUAACUUUUGCUUCUCCUGCUCCACAAGAAUUCUCUAUAGCAGCAGCGACUGCCCUUUGUGUCGGCAGAAAGUUGAGAAAAUACUUCGUGUCUCUGCUUGGGCUGAGCAAGGAAUCCCAGCAAAAUGGCUGGGAGAAGCAAAGGACAGCCAACCUCCUCUAUGACAAAAGUUUAAUUCUGCCUAUGUCCCUGUAACAUUUCCAUCUUGAUGGAAACAAAAAAAAGCACAAAAGGCAGAGUUGACUGAAGGGAGCUCUAAACAAUGAAUAGAGUAGAAUGGGCUGGUUUAAGAGACCUCCUCAAUGCAAAGUUUCACCCGAUCAACAGCCAAGGUGAGAGGGAAGAGUAUGGAGAGCACGCUGGGGGAAAAAAUCCUUUGCAGCUGAAAAACAGAGCACCACAGGCAGGUUUUAGAAUGACUCCUAAAAUACAUUUUAAGACAAAUGACAGGGGAAACAGAACUACUCAUUCACUGUAACUGCUAUUGAAAAUAUCCAAGAAAAACUGAGAAGAUACCUUUACGGAAGAUGCACUGCCUUUAGAGACGCCAAUUGCCUGGAGAGAGUCUUAAUGGGAUGUUAUUUACCUCUAUGCCAUGAAAAGCUUCACUUGCCUAUUUCUACUCAUUAAGCUUCUGUUGAAGGGGCAGAACACUUUCCUCCAAGCCUGUUGACAACUCUAUUAAUGGACAGCUUUUUCCUGAGAGAACGUACAUUUUGCAAGCAAAUCAAGGCAAUUGGAUUCUGCAUUUCCUAUUUACUUAAAAACACAAGCCACUUCAGCUGUCUUUUGGGGCAGAUGUUAGACAGGCAGAUACUACUGACCUUAUUCAUAAUGUUCUUUGAAAGAGCUACCCUCCCAGUGCAUGGAAUAGAAAGAUGAAGCCUUUGUGUGAGCGUGUGUGUUUUGCCCAAAAUUAAUACUAGACGAUGAAGAAGUGGUGGAGUUCUUAGGAGAUUCACAAGUUACUGAAGAGAGGAAACCACAUGGGACCUGGAGAAAAAACACAUUCAGCAGCAGAACAAAAGCCUUUACAUGUCCCUGAAAAGCAGAAGACACCUACAGGGUUUGCCGCUAUCCAGCAGAAUGAGAAAUUCCCCCCGAGCUGGCAGGAGAGACAUAAGAUUGCACAGCAAUUCCAUGUAGGAGAAAAGCAGAUAUUUCCCAUCCUUUGUUAAAAGGAAAACAACCAGAUCUAGCAUUACAGGACAGGCCAAGGACACAAGGAGCGCAAUUAAAUGUAUCAUAUCGUACUGGGAGAAAUUGUGGGAGCAGGGGGAGUAAAGAAGCCGCACAGAUAAAAUGGCUACAGGGUGUCAGGUAUGUGUUUGUUUGCCCCUGCUCUCAUUCUUCUGCCUUUAACAGCAACCUGAAACAUGGAAAUCAAGUAGAAUGAUUUUUUUCCCAAGCAUGGAGAUUAGUGAUAGGGAAAAGAAUUCACCUACUAUCUUUGUUACAGAUCAGGCUGCUGUUAAAAGGGACACACACAGAAUCAGUACAAUAUAUUGUUCAUUGCCUCGCCCAGGAUUCUGUUUCUGGAAAGGCAGGCAACGAUAUAACAAUAUACCAUCUGUCUUAAUUUUGUUUAUUUUGGUGGGGAUGAUUGUUU